UCCAAACUUCGCAUUUGAAAAUCCCCCAAGCCACCACCUUUUCUCUCUUUGGUGCUCAAUUUCGCUGAAACUAGUUUCUGUGUUUGCCAUUUUCGCUGAACCCCUCAGAGUUUGUAAAGAAUCUACAGUGAGUUUGUAAUGGCGGGUGGGGAGGAGAAGACUCUUACUCCAAAGGAGAUUAUACAUCACAAGUUUGGUGUUAAAGCAAGUUACAGGAUUGAGGAAGUUCGUGUUUCUUCUCAGAGUACUUGUCUCUAUCGAUGCCACUUGCAGCUACCAGACUUUUCUGUUGUAUCAAAUGUCUUCAGGAAGAAGAAGGAUUCUGAACAAUCCGCUGCUGAGUUGGCUCUGGAAAAGCUAGGCAUUCACCCUCAGGAUGAUGAUGAUCAUCAUCAUCAUAUUACUGUGGAGGAAGGUUGGGAUGAUAUUGUUGAACGCAUCAAGUAUAUAUUUUCUGACGAGUUUCUUUCAUCUGAUCACCCUCUUGGAAGUCACCUUAGAGCAACAUUACAAAGGACAGGUGAACAUCGUGGAUCAGUUCCUGUUUCUGUCAUUACUACGUUUGACUCAAAGAUCAACAGCCUUUGUAAAGUGAUCAAUCCUUCCAUGGACUCUGAUCCUACUGUGGCCAUGUCCUAUAUCAUGAAGGCUGCUCUAAAGUUAUCAGAUUACAUUGUGGUAUCUCCACACGCGGCUUCACUCAGAAGGAAAAGUCCAUACCCUCCAGCAAUCACAGAAGGACUUGCUACUCAUGUAGAAAGCAUAAAAGUUGAGGCUGUACAUAUAAAAUGUACCAAAUGCGAUGAAGAGGUUGUUGCGCCAGUCGUUCUUGAUAUCUCAUCAGAUCGGUAUUACUUGGAUACUAUUGCUGAAAAGCUUGGUUUGAAGGAUGCCAGCCAAGUGAUGAUAUCCAGGGCGAUUAGCAAAACUUUCUCUGGCUAUGAGUGUAGAGUAUACUCUGCCAUUCCUAAGCUGACGUCUUCCAAUGAUUUAAAAAAGUCUCGGAACGCAAAAGCAAGUUUUGUUUGUUGUGGUCAAGAUAUUCAUGGUGAUGCAAUCUUGGCAUCUGUUGGUUACACAGGGAGGUCCCAUGAUCUUGAACAUGACAAUGUAACCUUAAAGUCAUUUUACAGGAUAUGUUGCGGUAUGUCACCCAAUGGAAUCUACAAAAUCUCCAGAAAAGCGUUGAUUGCUGCACAGCUGCCUUUAUUAUUCACCAGAGAGUCUAAUUGGCGAGGUCCAUUCCCCAGGGAGAUUCUCUGCAUGUUCUGUAACCAACAACAACUAGCAGAACCGGUGUUUACUACAUCUACAGCUCCUGCUAAGUCGAUGUCUGACUUGUUAAGUUCCUUCAACAAGAUAAAAGAUGAUUCUGACAAUCAGUAUUCGAGUAGAGGUAAUUGGGGGAUGCCAGGAUCAGGGAAGGGGUAUAGAUGUGAAGUGAAGAUUUUCUCAAAGUCACAGGGUUUGGUUUUAGAUUGUUCGUUGAAGAAGUUAUAUGAGGAGGAAAAUGAUGCUGUUCAAAAUGCUGCAUUGAAAGCCCUCUCAUGGUUUAGUAUGUUUUUCGGCGACAUGGAUGUAGAAUCCCUGGAACCAUGCUAUACAGAUGACGACCUGAAUAUUCAGUUUAAUCAGAGGAAUCGUUUUAAAGAGACCUUUCCAAGCAGUAGAGUGUAUCAACUCCCCGAGAUUAUCAGAAACGGAGAAUCAAGGUGGUACAUGGGUAUGAUGCCAUGGGAAAAGAAGCGUGUUCAAAAUAUAGCAAACGGUUCCUUGGUCAGCAUAUGCUAUUCUGUGUACUUGAAAAAGGAUGCUGAGUAUUCAAAGAAAGGUAAAUCUUUGAAAGAACUCAUUGAAAGCAAUGAAGAGAUAGAGUUUGAGGUAGGGCAUGGGUCUAUGAAUCCACAUCUUGAAUCAGUUGUUACUCAGAUGUCUGUGGGUCAGCAUGUUCGUUUCUCUACUGGAUUGCCUGCUGAAGGCUUGGUUUUGGCCGCUGGCAAUGAUACUGCGAAAGCUGUCUCACUCUUGUCAGGUUUGGAGUACAGUGUACUUUUGUUGGGAGUGAAGGGUCCAACAGAAGAACGAAUGGAGAAGGCUAACAUUGUUGAAAAGGUUGCAGAAGGCUUCUUCUUGCAGUCUCUUAAAGACUAGUCUUUGAUAAAAAGAGUAUCAACCAGAGUAGGCUUU